AUGGCUUUACACAGAAGGGCAUUGUCGUUGAAUCCGUAUUUUCGAAGAUUGACACAACGUUCCCGCCAGAAACGGACGAUUGUCACCGGCCGAGACAGGCUCUUCCGCGUAUCAGAAGAAGUACAAGAUGCUCUCGCAACGGGGAAGCCGGUCGUUGCGCUGGAGACGACGAUAUACACACACGGCUAUCCGUAUCCCGAGAAUGUCGCCCUCUCCUCGCGCCUCGAGUCCUUAGUCCGCGUGAAUGGCGGCGUACCUGCGACUAUCGGUAUCCUUGGGGGCAAAGCUCUAGUGGGAAUGGGCGCCGAUGAACUGAUAAACCUGGUCUCUGCUGCCGGGCACAAGAAUACCUGGAAGAUCUCCAGACGGGACCUUGGCUUCAUUGGUGGGCUGGGCUUAAGAGGACAUACGCUCAAUGGAGGGACAACCAUUGCUGGGACAAUGGUGCUAGCCCACCUGGCGGGCAUCAAAGUCUUUGCUACGGGUGGCCUUGGUGGCGUCCACAGAGGAGCAGAGAACUCCAUGGACAUCUCAGCGGAUCUGACCGAGCUUGGACGAACGCCCGUCACAGUGAUAUCCAGUGGUUGCAAGAGUUUCUUGGACAUCCCGCGCACAUUGGAGUAUCUUGAGACGCAAGGAGUAGGUGUGGGCACUUUUGCGGAUGGCAGGCAAGGCGACGUCGACUUUCCGGCCUUCUUCUCGCGAGACAGUGGCGUCAGGAGCCCCAAGACUAUUCUCGACGAAGCAGAUGCAGCUGCCAUCAUCUACGCACAGUCUGUGCUUGGCGUAAAUUCUGGUCUGCUCUUCGCGAAUCCUGUUCCGGAGCAUUCAGCGAUGUUCAGGGAAGAGAUCGAUUUUAUCAUCACGGAGGCGGUUUCUGAAGCGGAGCAGAAAGGCAUUGGUGGAAGUGCCAAUACUCCGUACAUCUUGAAACGUAUCAGGGAACUGAGUAAUGGAGGAAGUGUCAAGGCUAAUACGGCAUUGGUCGAAGCCAAUGUUAUCCGCGGCACCAAAGUCGCGGUAGAACUUGCGAAACUCGAAAAGCGCGACGGAGCUACACCUCAGCGAGAGGACAGCGGCAAGCUCUUCAUACCCCAAAGCUCUUCCAGCUCGUCGGCACGGGAGUCAACUUCAACUCCAAGCACGGAGAGCCAGUCAGCUCAGCCUGUGGACGUACUUGUGGCUGGGGCGUUGGCAAGUGACACAAUGUGCGACCACCAGCCAUUUCACGUCACCGCACAAUCCACCUCCCCUGUUCCGCACACCUCGAAUCCGUCCAGCAUAUCACAGUCACCUGGUGGCGUUGGACGCAAUGUGGCUGUAGCUGCUCACUUGGCGGGUGCAAAGGUUGUUCUGGCCAGCGCAGUGGCGGACGAUCUAGCUGGCUCCUCUCUUCUCGACCAUGUCACGAAGUGCGGUCUACAAACAACAGCUAUUCGGCAACUUCCAACCGUUGAUGGUGCCAGGACUGCUCAAUACGUUGCAAUAAACGACACCAACAAAGACCUUGUGGUUGCAAUGGCAGAUAUGUCAAUCUUUGCUCGUCCUGAAUUGGAGGCACCUGGCUACUGGACGGCGAAGAUGGAACAAAGCAAACCGAGGUGGGUAGUCGUCGAUGCGAACUGGUCCCCCAGCAUUCUGUCCUCGGUAUUCUCAGCGGCAAAGGCUCACGGAGCACUCGUUGCAUUCGAGCCGGUCUCCAUCGCAAAGGCAGCACGGCUCUUUCACAAGGACAACCACUUCGUCACGAGCGCAAAGGUUGUACCGGACCAUGUGGUCAGCCUUGCAUCCCCCAACCAUCUUGAACUGUCAGCAUUGUACAAUGCUGCUAGAGAUGCCAUGAUGUUUGAGUCAGCGGAAUGGUGGAGCGUCAUCGACAGGUUAGGUCUCUCUGGCGCGGGAUCCCAGGAACGGUUGGUUUCCGUCGCUGGGCGAGAACUGGUUGAACAGGGCAUUCCGCAGCAGUGCAUACAGCUUCUCCCGUUCAUCCCGAACCUGGUGACAAAACUUGGGCGCCGAGGGUGUCUACUGACGUGCCUGUUGCGGCAUGGGGAUGAAAGGCUUUCGCGACCAGAAAACGCGCCAUAUGUGUUAUCGAGAAACUUCUCCGGCGACAGUGAUCUUGGCGGCUUGUACAUGCGAUUGAUUCCCCCAUUCAUGGAAGUGGAACAGGACCAUAUUGUGUCAGUGAACGGCGUCGGAGACACAGUGUUGGGUGUGGCCAUCGCCGGCCUUGCGAGAGGACGCACAUUGGAGGAGGUACUUCCGAUUGCCCAAGAGGCGGCAGUACUGACAUUGAAAUCGUCAGAAGCAGUAUCACCACACGUCCGCGACAUCCAGGACAGGCUCAACAGGCUCAGGUGA